GUGAACACACUGAAAUCCCUCCAAAUACACGUCCCACAAGCGGUACUGACGGGGCGAGAUGCAGAACUCAUGUGUUCAUACGAACUCGAAGGUGCGCAGCUGUAUUCUAUUCGAUGGUACCGUAACAUGAUCGAGUUCUAUCGAUACGUACCGAAAGAAUCGCCGGCGACGAAGGUCUUUCCGGUUGCGGAAAUAAAGGUUGAUGUGGCUUCGUCAGAUCAGAACCGCGUGGUCCUGCGGGAGGUGGAUAGGACAUUAACAGGGGAAUAUCAGUGCGAAGUGUCGGCUGACGCGCCUCUGUUCCACACAGACAUUAAAGCCGGCGAAAUGGUGGUUGUAGAACCUCCGCUUCAAGGCCCCAACGUGACGUCAGACCGGAUGACGUAUGUCGGCGGGGAUCACAUCAGAGUCAACUGCUCUUCGCCACCUUCCCUUCCAGCUGCCAACAUCACCUGGUUUGUCAACGAACAAGAGGUGCCUGGCAACACUGCGAAUCACGUACUGAAUUUCAGCAACGGUUUUGCUUCGAGCCUUGCAACACUAGAGUUAGAGGCGACUGCAAUGUCGCCUGUGCCUACUCUUAUGAUACGAUGUGAAGCCUCACUCUUCGAUAUAUGGAAGUCAACGAGUCACACGUUAGUUCUUAGAGAGAGGAGUGCUAACCCAGCCUCCGCUUUAGGAAGGAGUUUCACAGCUGCAGCAACAGAAACGUGCCUGCCAACAAUAAUGGUUUUAAUACUUCAAGUCUUCUUACAAUUUUUACUAGGCAGCUACAGUGAAACACCGAUCAGAUAGUUGAUUAGGUCCAAUGUUUGUAUUUAGCUAUUUAAACUCUAUAAUUAUAAUGUA